CGCGCGGGCGGGCGGGGCGGGAUGUCGGCGUUCUCGGAGGCGGCGCUGGAGCGGAAGCUCUCGGAGCUCAGUAACUCCCAGCAGAGCGUGCAGACGCUGAGCCUCUGGCUCAUCCACCACCGCAAGCACUCGGGGCUCAUCGUCACCGUCUGGGAGCGGGAGCUGCGCAAAGCAAAACCAAAUAGGAAGUUGACAUUCCUAUACCUGGCCAACGAUGUCAUUCAGAACAGCAAAAGGAAAGGACCAGAAUUUACAAAAGACUUUGCACCAGUUAUAGUUGAGGCCUUUAAGCAUGUUUCAAGUGAGUCUGAUGAGAGUUGUAAGAAGCACCUUGGCCGAGUGCUCUCUAUUUGGGAAGAAAGGGCUGUUUAUGAAAAUGAUGUAUUGGAACAACUUAGGCAAGCUUUGUAUGGUGACAGAAAGGCCAGGAAGCGUACAUUUGAACAGAUAAAAGUUGAUGAAAAUAACUGUUCAGCACAAAGUUCUCCAAGUGACCCUCCACAGACUACAGAUCUCAUUAGAGCAUUACAAGAACUAGAAAAUGCAGCCUCUGGGGAUGCAGCAGUUCAUCAGAGGAUAGCUUCAUUGCCUGUAGAGGUCCAAGAUGUGUCCUUACUAGACAGAAUAACAGAUAAGGAAUCUGGAGAACAGCUUUCCAAGAUGGUAGAUGAUGCUUGUAUGGUACUGGCGGAUUACAAUGGCAGGUUGGCGGCUGAAAUAGAUGAUAGAAAACAAUUAACUCGAAUGUUAUCAGACUUUCUGCGAUGUCAAAAAGAAGUCCUUGCAGAAAAAGAGCAUAAGUUGGAAGAAUACAAGCGCAAGUUAGCCAGAGUAUCCCAGGUGCGAAAAGAACUCAGGUCACGCAUCCAGAACCUUCCUGAUCUGUCUCGACUUCCCAAUGUCACAGGCAGUCAUGUGCACCUACCAUUUGCUGGAGACAUUUACAGUGAUGAUUGAUUAUAAGAACCUCUAUUUCUAUAGCCUCUGCUCUUCUGUGGAGUGAGGGGUAGGUCAGACUGAUUGAUAGUCCUGUAGUAUUAUUUUUGUACAUUGUUGGAGAGUGGCGGUAAAAAAAAAAAAUAGCUCCAAAUAAUUUAUAAGAAUUGUUUAAAAUAUUGGUUUGUUUACUGUUUUAUUGGCAAGUGAACAUAUAGGUACAUUUAUAAAAGGUGGCAUCUGUAUAUUAUUACGUUAAAGAAUGGGUAAUUAUCUUACAAUAUUCGUAUCUUUUGUACAGAUUUUGAUCAGGUGCCCUGUAUGAAACUGAUAAGUUUUCACUUUAUUUUUUUUAUGUACCCUCUACUCAGUGUAGUUCACUAUAUAAUCAAAGUGUACAUUUAAGUUGCCACAUUUCAAUGGCUAGUGAGGCAAUGGAACAUUAUGGAAAUCACAAUCUUAUGUUUAUAAGAAGACUACUGCGAUUUAUUUUUGGAGAGUGAUGUUACUAGUUAUUUAUUAAGUUAAUUUACUCACCCCCAAAUAAAACUACUGCUUUAUUUUAAAGUAAAUGUUGUUAACCAGUUUUGAAAGUGGAAAAUAUAAAUCAUGUUAAAUUGAACACCUCAAGUGACUCAAAAUUGUGCAUAAUUUUAAUAUUUAAAAGUAAACAUUAAAAAUACUGAGUAAAAACUACACAUAUUAAUUAGUACGAUAGAAAUGCUUUUUUUCCUGACAACUUGCUUAGUAAAUUGAAGGACCACUUCUUUGUACAAUAACAUCUUCUGCCACAUCUUAACUUUCUGCCACAUCUGUCUCCAUUAACAAACCUGAUCCCAGAAAUGGGAAGUCAUUCCACAGCUUUAACUAUAGUAUGCAGUGGUUAUUCAGGACCAUACCUAUUUUUGAAUGGCCAUUAUUAAAAUUUGAAAGUACUCAAGUACCAUUUUACUUAUACAGCAUGAUGAUACUACAAAUAGAAUUUUGUUGUCUGUGGAAACUUUGGGUCAAAGCAUCCUCUCCCAUGGAGAAACCUGUCUAAAGAGGCAAACGAGCACCACAGGUCUCCUGUCUCUAAGCCUCCCAGUAAACAUCUUCUAGAUCUUGGUCUCCUUUCCUUACAAGGAGGGGACUUUCUCCCAGAAAAUCUAGGCCACUGUGUGUAUUAAACUGUAGAAAAAUGUUGCUGAAUGUGUGUUUAAAAACAAACUCUAUCACCGUAUAAAUGUGGUAUUUGUAUAUGAGUAACUAAACUUAUGAAAAUAAAGUUGUUUACCCCUUG